AUGCCUGACGAUAAAACUGCUCCGUCGCCCAUCAAUCAAUUGUUGUUGCCGCUGAAGAAGACAUUCAGCUGGUCUGGACUCUGGACCAAGGUCUCUCAAUAUGAUUUUAAAUGGUCACUCCCUAUAUGGGGGGCAGUGGACGAACUACAAGGCAUGGUUAGAAGUUCUUUGAGAUCUCAUCAGGCGACAGGAUUUUUCUGUUUGCAAGCGGGAGGCACUCCGUUUGUUCAUCUGUCAGCCGCAUCAUCUGGUGGAGAUGUAAGCCACCUGACACCUAAAAAAACAGCAACCAACUUAUCUCCAAAAGGAAAAGGAAAAGGAAAAGGAAAACGCUACUCGAGCAUAUCUCCAAAAGCAUCAAAGGACACGACACCGUUGAGCUACAAAUUCCCCCCAAUGGAAAAAAAACCAAAAUGGUACUGGAGAUCCUUAGCAUGCCUGCCUUACCUGAUGCCGCUCCACGAAACAUGGAUGUAUGCAGAAACCGCGUAUCACCUUCACCCUUUCCUCGAAGAUUUCGAGUUCCUAACUUACCCUUUUCUGAGCGCCCUCGGGGGUCUACCCAGCUGGUUCUUGAUCGCGUAUUUCAUAAUCGCGUAUCUGGCGAUUGUUAGAAGAAAAGAGUGGCCCCACUUUAUCCGGUUUCAUGUGGUGUCGGGGAUGCUGUUGGAGAUCGCCCUUCAGGUGACUGGAACCAUAUGGCGGUGGUUGCCUACCGCCUGGUAUUGGGGUAAGAUUGGGAUGCAUUUUUGGACCGCAUUCGCGUUUGCUUUCCUGUUUACGGUUUUGGAGUGUGUUCGCUGUGCUCUUGCUGGAAUGUAUGCUGAUGUCCCCUUUGUGUCUGAUGCCGCUUAUAUCCAAAUCCCUUAUGAAUAACCUAAGCUGCAUGUUGUUUAUUAUUCUUCUCUCUCUCUCUCUCUCUCUCUCUCUCUC